AUGAGCUUUGAUCCCCCGUUGGCGGGUGCUGAAAGUAAAGGAGGAAUCGCCUUCGGAGACAAGUCUUCCCGACCAAUUGAAUUCGAUGGAAAGAAUGUGAUAGUCCGUAGGCCGACGGGCUCCGGUCAUGGUGGCCGGACGAGAGCGCUUAAUUUAGAACCUGACUGGCUUCAAAUUGGCAGUGGUUUACUGGUUUCCGGUUCAUUGCCACUGCUGAGAGGAGUGCACACCGGCUGUCAGGAGAGAUGA